CUCUACUACAGGACAUUAAGGUUUAAAAACCUUAUAAAAUAUACGAUAAUUGUGAAUUUAAAAAAUCAAUAUUAUAAAAAUUUAAAUGUAAAAUAAUGGCUGAAUUUAUUUUAAUCAGCUAAGCAACAAAAAUUAAAUCAUAUGCAAUUGGGACCGCAAAAAUUUGAACAAUUUUCAAUCUUAAACAUUUAUCCUUAAAACUUAAGAACGAAAAAUCAUCAAUUUAAGAUCGCUAUUAAUCAACUUUUACAAUAAAGGAGCUCACAGACAUAGCUUAGUUAUAAAAAUUAUCCAAAGACAUCAAAGAAAGUCAGAAAAACCUUAGCAAAAUAAGUCAACAUUCUUAAUCCAGCGUGGAAGUUCAUAUAAAUCACAGCCCAUUUACACGUGGAAGUUCAAAGACAUCCCAUCCCAUUUACACGUGGAAGUUCAAGAACCUAGUCCAAGCAAACUCUCACAAAUAAUCAACCAAACUCAAAUAUGACAUCCCAAGCAUCCCUCUUAGCCUCACCCGACAACUCAGCCAAAUUCCGCACAAACUCUCGCUCCAGUUCCAACACGAACCUCUACAAAUCCCUCGAAGACAUCCAAAAGAAUCUUGACAACCUCGACAACUUCCUCACAAUCACCGAAGACAUCCUAAAACGUGAAAAAUUCCACGACAUGGAACUUUAUCGACGAGAACGUGAACGAAAGACAUCAGGCACUAAAUCAUUAGAGUCACCGACAUGUCCACCGCCAUUAUCAUUCAAAAAUGGCAAAAUAUUCUGUCCCGGUGUUGAUGGAGCGACUUUUAAUCCCGCAAAUGUUCAGUUGAACUUUGAAAUUGUCAAGAAUAUCAUAAAUAAUCAAAAUAACUUCUUGUGCUAUGAGAAUCAAGACAUGACCGGCGACGAACCAGACCAGUCGUCAUCACCCGAAAUAAAUUUGUCGGACGAGCAAGACAUUUACAUUACACAUCAUGAGAAUGAGACCGAAGGAAAGUUGAAGUCGAUGAAUGAAUUUUUAAUGAAGUCAAAUUCGACGAUAAGUAGUAAGUUGGAAGAAGCAGUGAUGCAGUCGAUUGAGGAUGAGAUUAAGGGAUAUGAGAGAGAAAUGAGGGAGAAUUAUGAGAAGAGCGAGACGAUGGAGUGCAUGAUCUUGCCGCCAGAUAGUCCUGAAAAAUCCCAAAUCACCCAAUUAACAUCCUUAUCCCAUCGUUCAACUCCAUCAUCAGGAACCAGCGACAAACCAGCCAUCACCAACCGCUUCAUUCAACAUUCCUUCCGAAACUUGAUCCACAAAUUCAAUGAACGCUCUCAGCGUAUGAGGAACCGCUUAAAUCGUCCACUAACUCCAUCAAGUGAAAGUGGAUUGUCAACUUCCACACCACUUCACAUGAAACUGCUAUUUGGUGUCAAAAAUGAUGACAACAAUGAUGUUAUCGUCGUUGAAGAAGGAACAGACUUAAGUGGACAAUUAGCAGGCAAACAGAAGCGUCCAUUGGCACAGAUUGCAAUUGAAUCACCAGCAGCACUUGAAAAAGAAGACCCAAAUCUGCACAACAAGUGCUCAAUCUUCUGUUGCUGCAAUGGUCGAGUCCUCGAUCCACAAGGAAAGUUUUACAUCUCGUGGCUCUUCAUUGUCACGCUGUCGUUCCUUUACAAUGCAUUUGUUAUUCCUUUGAGGACAUCAUUUCCAUUUCAGACACCAAACAAUGUUGAUGUGUGGGUUUCGCUUGACCUGUGUGUCGACAUUGUCUACGUUAUUGACUUGCUGUUCAUCAAGCAUCGGAAAAUGUAUCUAUUUGAAGGAUUUCAGGUCAAGGACAGACAAUUGACGCGGAAAAAUUACAUGAGAAAGUUGCAAUUUAAAAUGGAUGUAGUUUCGCUGUUGCCACUUGAUUUGCUGUGCUUUAUACCGGCUGUUGGACGUGGUGCUGUGUACUUAAGAGUUCCGAGAUUGUUGAAGAUUCAAAGCUUUUGGGAAUUUUUCAAGUUAUUGGAUCGAGUCGUUGCGUCGCCACAUUUGUUGAGAGUCACGAAGACAUUGAGCUAUAUGGUUUAUAUGAUUCAUCUGACUGCAUGUACUUACUAUGCUGUUAGUGUUUACAAAGGCCUCGGAACCAACAGAUGGGUCUUCAGUGGCAAAGGACAUCCAUACGUUCGAUGUUUUGCGUUCGCAACUAAAACAGCAACCUCAAUUGGAAAGAAUCCGAAGCCGUCAGAAGUGGAUGAGUAUCUGUUCAUGACAUUUGCUUGGUUGUCUGGUGUCUUUGUGUUUGCCUUGCUGAUUGGUCAGAUUAGGGAUAUUAUAUCGACUGCUACGAGGUCUCAGAGCGAAUACAAGCAACUUGUCGACGAAACUCUCGAGUACAUGCGACGUCUUAACCUACCGACUGAGCUACAGCGUCGAGUUAAACAAUGGUUUACAUUCACAUGGGAUCAACAGCGUAGCUUGGACGAGUCUCAUAUCUUAGAUGCUUUACCAGCGAAUUUAAAGACAGACAUUGCCAUAUCCGUACAUAUUCAGACAUUAUCAAAAGUACAGCUGUUUUCUGGCUGCGAUGAAGCCUUCCUCCGUGAACUUGUGCUGAAGCUUCGAUCUGUGAUUUUCCUGCCUAAUGACUAUGUCUGCAAGAAAGGGGAAGUCGGUAAGGAAAUGUACAUCAUUAAGACAGGAAAAAUUGAAGUUUUAGGCAACAAUGAUGUUGUGCUUGCUACUUUGUGUACCGGUGCAUGCUUUGGUGAAAUUUCACUUCUUGAUAUCAGUGGAAGUCCGAAUGGAAAUAGAAGAACUGCUGAUGUUAGGUCCAAAGGAUUCUCAAAUCUCUUUGUGCUGUCAAAAGCAGACCUUGAGGAAGUUAUUGUUCAUUAUGAAGAUGCUCGUGCUGCUCUUGAAAGUCGAGCAAAGGCACUUCUUAAAGAAAAUGCAAACCGUGACCGACGUGAAGCUAAACUUCGUCGACCAAGCAUGUUGUCUGUAAAGUCUGAAGAGGAAGUUGUCAUCAACAAUCCAAAAGUCGUCACUUUACAGCCAAAAUUACUUGAAGCUGUAAUUCAAGCACUUCCAUCAGAUUCAGCAGCAGCACAGCUUCUAACUAGAGGACCAAGAAAAGGCAAGAAGCGAGUCGGACCAGCACCAACUGACUUUAAAAUUGAAAAUGAAUUUAAUGACAAAAAUAAAACAAAUUUGACAGACAGCGAGAAGGAACUGAUGAUGAGAGCGAGCAGUGGGAAAAGUGUCAAGUGUGAUGUUCACCGAGAAAUGACUUAAAUAUGUUGGAAUUGAAAAUAGUUUUAGAGAAGAUGAACGAUUUAUUUAUUUUAUUGAAAACAUUCUAUUUGACAAAAUGGAAAUAAAAAUGAA